AUGGCACCCAUUCGCUCCUCCACCCGUCGCCCCACCCCAAUCCUCACGACUCUCCGCCAGGCCACCCGUCCUCAGCCCGCCACACGCCCGUCGGCUGCGACUUACCGCAUCAAACCUACGCUGGUGCUUGCCUACCCGGCACUCGAGGAGGCGGAUGACGAGAAGAAAAUCAAGACCGAGGCCCAUAGAACGGAGCACGACGAAGCAAACCAUGUGGAUAGCGACGGUAACCCUUGCCAUUGCCGUGUCUGGCGCUUGGAUGAGACCGGACAGCGUCGCAUUGUAUCGACAACUAUGGGCAAAGUAGCUGCAGAAAUGGCGCAGAGCGAGGCGGCUGAACGCGCGGGGCGCAUUGGGGAGGACAAGGACAAGGACAAGGCGUCCAAGUCGGCAGCGAAGCAAAACGGCAUUGAGUAG